AUGCAUUUAAUGUACACUUUGAGCCAAGAUGGUAAGAGAGUUUAUACCUUAAAGAAGGAAACUGAAUCAGGUGAAAUUACCAAGUCUGCUCACCCAGCUAGAUUCUCUCCAGAUGACAAGUACUCCAGACAAAGAGUCACUUUAAAGAAGAGGUACAAUUUGUUGCCAGGUCAAUAG